UGAGAAGUGGGUCGUUGGAACUGAAGUGUAAGAUUCAGCAGAAGCUGCUCGAGUGUUUGAGUGAUGCGAUUGCGCGGUAGCAUUUCAGAAACAAAAUGGUUGACACUGAGCAUAACCAUGACAUUCACAGCCAUUUCCAUCUCUGCGUACCUAUUGAAGAGAAAGUUGAAUUCUCUCAACUCCAAGAUCAAAGAGCUUGAGGCUUCUCUCAAGUCUUCCUCUGACAAAUGCGCCUCUGAGAGACAGGGCCGAAUUAGGGCCCAACAGGCCUUGAGAAAAGAACUAACGCACUCGCAACCUAAAUCUGAAAACCUAAACCUCACUUGUUAUCCCAUGACCUCCAUUGGUGUUGUUCACUCAUGCUUCUCUACUAGGAAUGGAACGCCAAGGCAACCGUUGCUUGUACCGCUUGCAAGGGCUUGUUUGGUUUUUAAUACAGCUCGUGUUCCACCGGCAUCUUUAGAGGGUCUAGGGGAAUAUUCUCAUUGCUGGAUUUUGUAUGUGUUUCAUUUGAAUACCGAUCUUGAGAAGCUGUGGAAGCAUCCUUCUAAAUCAGGGUUCAAAGCCAAGGUGAGGGUCCCAAGACUGAAAGGUGGGAGAAUGGGAGUGUUUGCCACACGAUCCCCGCACCGGCCAUCCCCCAUUGGACUCACAGUAGCAAAGGUAGAAGCUGUACAGGGAAAUAUGAUUUUGCUCUCUGGUGUGGAUCUGGUUGAUGGAACUCCAGUGCUUGAUGUCAAGCCGUAUCUAACGUAUUGUGACAGCAUCCGAGAAGCUACAGUGCCAAAUUGGUUAAUGGAGGAUAACUUACUUUCAGUAGCUUCUGUUAGCUUUUCGGAGGACUUCACUUCAGCACUUGAAAAUUGCUGGAUGAUGGCAGAAAAGAAAUCACUUUAUGCAUCGUCAAGUGAGUUCCAAAGCUUGAUAAAGCAGGUCCUUUCAUGGGAUAUUCGGUCAUUGAGUCAACGGAAUCGGCCUCAUGACACUCUCCUGAAAAAAGACAACGGUGAACUAUUGGGUAAUACUUCUGAUGUAGAUGAGCGGCAAGAUGAAACAACUUUACUCCAUGAAAGAGAGCAGAACGCUUUAAAUUCCAACGAAGUAAUUUAUCACCUGAUUUUGGAGGGACUUAAUGUCUCUUACAGAAUUGAUCACGAUGGCAAUGUCAUUGUUGAAAACAUAUCAACUUCUGCUGUCUUGGAUAAUAAGCCUACCUGUAAUUUCUUGACAUGGAAAGACAAUCUGCGAUGA